UAAUGUGUCAGUUGUAACUUAAGUAAAGAACAGGCAUAGAAUUGUCCUUCAGAUCGCCAGGAACACAAGAGUUUGUGUUAGCGUUACACGGCACAAAUGGACUGACAUCUGACUUAGUCGACGACGGAAGGUUAGAAAACAGUUAUGACAAUGAAGGGGCAGAGCAAAGAACCGCUUCAGGUAACCACGAUCAAGCUAUGCGCCACAUGGAAACCCAGAGUGAGCGUCUCCAGUUCUGGAAUACCUCCUAGCAACGCCAAAAACAAGAUGGCGAACGUCUUCACCCGUAGGAGUUGCCUGCCCCGCAACAUCACCUUCACAGACUACGGACCCGUCAACACCCAGCCCCGCUACAUCCCCAGGAAACUCUCGCCCACCCGCCUGCACAACCCCCACCCCGUGGGGCUGGUGUACCAGAGCCCUUACAACAGGGACAACCAUACAUUUGGAAUCUGGGAACCGGACCUUUCACUGUGUAGAAGCCGCUUCCCUGAUAUGUUCAGACAUCUAGGUCUGACAAAUUUCUCUACCGAACGCAACCACCAGUUCUCUGUGCCCAAGUUUGAAAAAGGCGGCGCCCCGGUCAUCAACCGCUCCCUGGACUCCACGUACCGGCAGACGUUCCAGUGGCCGCCCACGCUUGAUCCCAGGUUCAAGGCCUGGGAGAAGGCAACCCGCUUCGGUAACAGGCCCAACGACGGCCCGGUCAGAGGUGUAGUCCCCAGGAUGGGGUUGCCGCCCAUUGCGACCAAGAUCACGUUACAGAGCAGGCCCCCUUCCCGAGUGGCAUCCCGGACCGGUGCUACGUCUCCCAAGAAGUGCCCGAAGACACCAACACCAAAGUCUCCAACAAAACCACCCCCACCGUCUGCAAAGGCAUCCACAGAAAAUACAACACAGUAGUAUACCAGCACACUGUCUUCACUUGAAUAAACAUGCCCCAUAUGAUCACCA